CCACUACAUUGAAUCAAUCUUUCUAAUCAAUCAUUCUCAUGUUUCGGCGCCUCCUCCGGCAGCCAAUUGCCAAUAAUGGCUCGCAGCUACGCGACCACCAGGCCAACGAACGUACCUUUCUCUCCUGGACACGUAUGGGACUGGCCUUUGCCGCGAUGGGCCUCGCUCUGGGCCGACUGAGCAUGAUCGACCGCUUCUUCGCCACAUACGAACAUCGAAAUGAAAACGCUUCAAAUACUUCCAAUCCAGCCAGCAAACCCAAAUUCCUCACCGAGGAAAUUCUCCUGGCAAGCCAGGUCUGCCAGGUGAGCAGCGUCUGGACGUUUGGAUACGGCAUUUUCCGUUAUCUCUCUGUCCGCCACCAUCUGCUACGCGGGCAGUUCGUGCCGGCGCUUUGGGGUCCGAUCAUUGGCACGGGAGGGUUGCUCGGUUUAUGGGGGCUCACUGCAACAUACAGCAGAUAGAAUAAAGAAUAAUAUAGAAUUAGAUUGUAUCAGUAUAGAGC